CUGUCAGCUCGCGUCCAUCUAUGUUGGUGGUGUAUGUCUCUAUAUCGUAGACCUGCAAUAGCCAUGCAUACGUAUACAGAUUCAUAGAAGUGCGAUUGCCUAGAAGGCAGGAAACGUAGAAAGAAAGGUAUGGAGUCGUCUGCAUUCGCUCGAUCGGUAAUGCGAAACGAAUGAAGCUUGGGGAACUCUUGUCAUCAAGGACUCGGUUUACGGUCACCCAGAUCAGAGCAGUAUCAUGUCUGCCUCGGCGUCAGCCCAAGAGAGAUCUCAAAGAGACGAGAUAUGUAAGCAACGGAAAUUUUUGUCUUUUCUUUUUUACCAAGCUGUGAGAGACCUCAAGCCAGUAUGGAUGCUAGAGGACAUGCGGACAAUGGAGACGUUUUACUGGGAGGAAGAUGCCAGCCAGAGAACAUAUACCCCAUCAGAGGCUUUGCUGUACGCUAUCGUGCAUGACCAUCAGGGUUAUGCACAGUAUUUGCUUAGUCAUUAUUCGGACGAGGCCUUGGCCAUGCCUGGUGAGCGUUUUUGUUGCUGCCCAUCCUCUGCACCGCACUUGGCUAUGGCUGUGAGAUAUGACAGGCGCGACAUACUUGGACUUAUAUUGCAGGUGGCGCACCGACUCCCGAGUUUGCGGUCAUAUAUGAACCGUGGUGGAUGUUUUCAUUUGGAGGACGGCAAAACCCCUCUCCAUUUGGCCUGUGAGCUGUUGCGCUCUGAAGCGGUCAUUUUGUUACUUGGAAAUGGUGCUUCGCCUCAGGCUGAAGACCACAACGGAAUGACGCCCCUUGACGUUAUUUUGGAACAGCUUUGGGAUUCAAAGGUUAAUGCUGUGGCCAAAAAACUGUGUUUGGACAACUUGUUGAUGUUCAUGCCCGAUAUCCGUUUCAAAAUGAAGACAUCUUUAGAGAAGGACCCUAAGCGCUGGUCCAAAUUAAUUGGAGAGGACAAAUUUAACUACCUCGUCGGAAAGAAUCCGGCUCCACUGUUCCUCAUUACUAUGCAAAAGAUCCUCCAGCACUUGCCCCCCGAGCAAUUUCCUAAGAGCCUGGACGAUUUGCCCAUUCCCUCAUCUCUGAAACCUCUCCCCGUUUCUUGCAAACAGCGAGGCAAGUUGAAAGUAUUCUAGCCUGACAUGACUGAUGAGUUUUCCUUGGAUAGGCCUGUUUGUUGUUGUUUAAGCAUGCUAAGUAUAUGUCUGUGUAUGUAGAGCAUGCUUUAACAACGUCCAUGGCGAUGAAUUGCUGUCCGACGCAAAAUACAUUUGAAUGAGGAUCAAACAUUGCAACAGCAACUGUGCAUUCAGUGUGACAUGAAUUGUUAAAUGAUCGAACUAUCAAUAUAUGAAAUGUUUUUAACAAUUUCAGAAGAGACUAUUAUGCAACAAUGGAUAAGACCUUUUUAAUUGUUUUUACUAGGCAUAUGCCGUUUAUGACUUUCUUUACAUCAUCAUACAACUUACCUCAAUCUGGUGUCACAUGCGACUUCAAAGAUCAGGGUCAUUCAACUGCUUUUUAACACAAUAUAAAACAUGUGGUUUUUACAUCAGAAUGUUUUCUUUUACGAGGACCUAUUGUGUUGGUAAACACCAAACAUACUUCAGCUUGUUUAUUGGCUACAUUGGACAUUUGGUGCUAGCCUUUUUGUGGGUUAUUUCUAACAAAACAUUCAUUGGAAUGCGACAACAUCCAUUGGUAUACAUUUUGUUCCAUUUUAAUGCCACUCACCAAGUAAAUGAGCUAUUACACUGUACUGGUUCUCCAUCUUGUUUACUCUAUUUGAUUGCAUGGACAUUUGGAAUUUCUGUCAUUUAAGAUCACUAGGACAGUGGAACAGGUUUCUACAUUGUAACAGACUGAUAAGAACUUAGGCAAACUUGGAACAUGAGAACCUGUUUUUAAAGGCCACACCUGCUGUUUAGAAAACAACAGUGUAAACAUAUUUCCCCUGUGUGCCAGUUUUGUUCUGAACUUUUCUGAGUGCAUCUGUGCUCCUGAAGCGCUAAUAAAAUGAAUACACCAUGUACCAACAUGUUGCUGCUGAAAGAG